AUGCUGGCAGCUUCCUCCGAUGAGCCAGCCAAAUUCUUGCUCGUCGACGAGCCGCGUCGGCGCCCGGCAGGCUGCUUCAAGCUCACGGCGCUCUCGCUCUGCCUGACAGCUCUGCUCUUGGCGGCGAGGCGGAGCGCAGCUGAUUUGAUCGGCCAGGUUUCGGGCACCGCAACGACCGUCGAUUCCAAGGGCACCAUCGAUGUGCACCUAGGCAAUGGUUGCUUCUGGGAGCGCCAGUGGGCGUAUUACAAGGUCGAGACGGAGGAAAAUGGGCCUUUCCAGCGCAAGGAUGCGGAUGUGACCGCGCUCGUGGGCUACGCCGGCGGCAUGGUGGCGAACGCGAGCGGGCCGGUGUGCUACCACACCGGCGACGCGCGCGACUACGCGGCGCACGGAUUUGCCGAGACGGUGAAGGUGACGCUCGACGCCGCGUCGGCAGAGAAGCAGCUCGCCGCGCUCGCCAAAGACUUCUUUGGCUCCUUCACGGGCGAAGCGGGGCAGCGCGUGCGGCCCGACCCCGGCGACCGAGGGGGCGCCUACCGCUCCGUGUUUGGGCUGCCGGGCGGCAUGGCCUCGCCGCUUUACAAAGUGUUCGAGCGCGGGAAUGCCUUUCGCAUGUUGCUCAAGCCCGGAGCUGGAAAGAAUGACGGCGCCGGCGACCCGGCCGAGAAUACGGUGUACGUCUACGACACGAAUGAGCGCCCCUUCUACGUGGCCGAGGAGUACCACCAGUUCCACUGCGACUUUUCGAUGAGCUCCGGCAUGCCUUACCCGGAGUCGUACUGGAACAACCUCUUCGAGCAGAUGAAGACGAGCGGCCGGGUCAAACCGACGGGCUGCCCGGAGGGCGUCGUGCCGCAUCCCGGCGCCCUCUGCUCUUCUCCUGCGAGGAUUUUCCCGAUGUUUGGCCGCCGAUCGUCGCGGACGUAG